CCCUUCUCCGCGCAUCAUCGCAUUGUCUCUCUACCUAAUACCCCCAAAAUACGUUUUUCGAUCUCUACUUCCACUAUCCAUCCUGAGACACAGCGGCUACAGAUCAUCUUAUCUAAACGACACACCCAUACUCAAGCCAUUCAGCAAAACACAAUGUCUUCCUCAAAAGAAGACUCCCUCCUCACCGACCUCUGCACAAUCUGCCAUCUCCAACCCCCCAAAUACCGCUGCCCCCGCUGCGCCACCCGCACCUGCUCCCUGCCCUGCACGCGCCGCCACAAGCUCUGGUCCCAAUGCAACGGCAUCCGCGAUCCGGCCGCCUACCUGCGACGCAGCGAGCUAGCCACCGAGUCCGCCUUCGACCGGGACUUCAAUUUCAUCACGGGGAUCGAGCGGUCGAUCGAGCGGGCGGGCCGCGACGCUGAGAACCGCGGGAUCAGGGUCGAUGGGGAUGCGGGGGGGUUUGUUAGGGAUUUGGCGGUUGUGGGGCUGGAUACUGAUCCUUCGUCGAAUGCUGGGGGUGGUGAUGGUUCUCCUUUGGAGGUGGGCGGAGGGAAGAGGAAGAGGGGGUUUGGAGGAGGGAGUGGGCGAGGGGAGCUUGGGUUUUUACGACAGGUGGAGAAUGCAGGUGUCAAGUUGAUCCGGGCGCCAAAGGGGAUGAGUCGGAAUAAGGAGAAUGGGUCCAGGUGGUUUGCUAAACAGCAAUGCCUGGUUUGGACAGUGGAGUGGAUUGGACAGACUGGAGAGAAGCGCAUGAGGAAGUGCAGAGACUCGGUCCCUAUUGCGGUUUCUUACGAUCGAUCGUUCCCACCAAGCAGAGAGGAACGCGAGAAGGAGAUGGACAAAGAGCAGAAAACACAGGAAGAUCAUGAGCAGGAAGAGGAGCAAGCAGAUCAACAGUCUAUUCCACAGCAGCUGGAAGCUUCCUCCACGGAGAAUGAUGCUCAGCAACCUCAAGAUCCCGCCGACACCACCACCGCCACCAAUGCUGAAUUUACGGCUAUUCCAGAGCCCACGACAGCAACGACAUUAGCAGAAGAAACACUCCCAUCAGAACAAGAGACGCAGCACGCAAUCUUCCCCCACCGCGGCGUAUAUUUCUACCUCCACCGGCCGCGCACAGCAACGAAACAGCCCGUCCUAGUCCCCCUUGCCCCCAGCUUGACCCUCACCGCCGCGCUACGUGGUCACACGGUUCUGGAGUUUCCUACCAUCUAUGUACUACCCGACUCGCCGGAUGUGUUACGCGCGCAGGGAUCAGACGCCGGCUACUUACUGGAAGACGAGUAUAUCCAGCUGCACGGGCCGGUAGCGGAUGACGAUAGCGCCAGUCCUACCGAUUCGGAGGUCGAGCAACUGCCAUCGAAUGGACUUGAUCUGGGUAAUGUCGACGAGAAAAAGGUCCUGGAAGUGCUCAAGAAGGAUUUGUUCGAGCCGUCGACGCUUGCGUGA